AUGGCGGUGGCCGUACGACACUGGUCGCCCGAUGACGCAUGGCAAUUGAAAGCAUAUCGACAUUCAUACUCAGCGGUCCAUUUCAUCAAGCAGCGAAUCAUGUCGACGGGAGCUCGGACGGAGGGUGUCCUCGGUGCAGUCAUCGUCUUAGCAUUCGGCGCAAGUCUGGAACGGGACGAUGUGGUCUGGAAUAUUCAUAUCAUCGGUCUCGCGCAUAUGAUCAAAGAUAGAAAAUCCCGCGCCAAUCCGCCGCCAUUAGAUUCCGUCAACGCGAUCUUCGAUUUCCCACGAGUAUACCAUGAGCGCAUUCUUGAGGCCUUGAUCGCUUGCGAUGAUCAGAGAAUCCUCAGAAUAAAAAGAAUCUGCGACAGUGCGAUCCAGCUACAGAAAACGAUCGAGUCUCAUCACCAGCACCAGUUUGAUCCGACUAUGGUGGCACGAAAGAUCGAGGAGCCACUGUCCCAGCUGCAUUACGAAGUACGGGCUCUCGGGGCCGUUGAUGAUGUAUAUGUCCAGGCCACCGCGCGAGCGAUCGAACUGGUGCUCUAUCUCCUCUGGCCAUCGCGGUCGGGAGCUUACUUAACCCUUCUUGCGGGGGAACUGAAAGAAGCAAUAAGCCGAUUUCCGAUCAAAGGAUGUUCCUACAUGAAUUUGACUUCCUUUCCGCUGAUGAUUGGGGCCAUUGCUGCCGAGGAGGACUCGCUACCUAGGAUGUGGUUUGUUGACAGGUUGGCCCGGGAAGUGCGAGCGCUGCAGUUGCGUGGUUGGAACAGACCACUCAGUCUCCUGCAAAAUAAGUAUAACAAUAAUAAGUCUAGUCUUAUGGAGCGAUUCCAAGCUCUCUGGUGUGAAUUAUACUACGUCGCCAAUGAGCUUAAGGAUUGA